AUGCAGCGGCACGGCGCCGGCCGGCCGUCGGGCACGGAUGGCUCAGACUUUUCCUACCGCAUGGUCGUCGAAUCCCGGUACCAGAGGGUCGCCGAGGGCAGAUCCCGCCUCGCGCGCCUCAUCCUCGUGCAGGCGCUGCACCUAGUGGCCGGAGGUGCGCUUCUGUUGCUGUCGUUGUCCAAGGGGGCGGCGGUGAACAAGUUCGCCGUGCUGUCCGUGGCUGUGGGAUUCCUGGCUAUAGUGGUGGGGGAAUUAGGGCGUAGGCGGACUAUGGCAGUGCUGCUUCGGCUUUACACAAGCUUGUCAUCAAUUGCGGUUGCGUUCUCUGUGACGUGCAUUAUCCGGUCAGAGUUGUUCUUGAAGGUUAUGAAGCAAAACACAGAGGCCAUCACAAGCUAUGAAAUGCUUGAUGUGGUUCGUGUUGCUCUUGGUAUCCUGCUGCAAAUGGUGGUUAUAGCUACAACUACCAGACUCCUGCAGAAUAUGUCUCCUCCCAAGAGAGCUUCAUGA